CAUGAUUGACCUGGGUUUACAUCCCAAAUGAGAAAAGAGGAUAAGGUGCUUGUUGGCUGCCCGCCAUAGGUUAGAAAAACCUCGCCAAUGGAAUCGCUCUUCCUCCGACCAGCACCUUUCUCCUCUCUCCAAACCCCUCAUCGUUCCAAGCCCUCCACCUCUUACCAAAUUCUCUUUCCCUCUCGAGUUCUCUCCCUCCCUUCAGCCCUCAAGAGUCCCAAGGGCUUCGGUCCCCCAUCCCAAACCAAGAAACCGAAGCAGAAGCGCACCAAACCCGAUGAAUAUGAAGAUGACGAUGAAGGAUAUGAAGAUGGCGCCAAAGAAGACGACACGAUUCCGGAGGUGGUCACUAAUCGGAUGAUGCGCCGAAUGGGGCUCUCUAUUGGCAUUCCGUUAGGUGUGGGUCUUCUCUUCUUUCCAUUCUUUUAUUACCUCAAAGUAGUGGCCAAGAUAGACGUCCCUACUUGGAUCCCCUUCAUUGUGUCCUUCUUCUUCUUUGGCUCUGCUCUUCUUGGGGUUAGCUAUGGCAUUGUCUCGGCCAGCUGGGAUCCACUCCGAGAGGGAUCUCUGCUUGGAUGGAACGAAGCGCGCCGGAACUGGCCUGUUUUCUGGGAGUCUCUCUGGGGUCGCGGAAAGAAGUAAGGACCCGGAUAAGCUUCUCUUUGUUUUUGUUCUCUGUUUUCCCCCCUUUGGGUUGAGAAUCACGUCAUGUUUCUUGGUAAUUAUGUAUUAUAUUCACAGAUGAGAGGCUCUUAGAUUUUUGCUGCUCCAAAAUGCAUGGAUCCUUAUGUAUUGUGUGGCUUUUCUUUGUGUGUGAAAUACCGAUUGUUCUUUGAUCCUACCGGUUAAUAGCGCGUAGUUCUGUCGAUAGGAGUCCUUUACAUGUGCGACUCCCACUAAACUCUGCCUGUCAUUGCUAUAUACUUCCUUUUUGGAUAGUUAUUCAACUUGUUUCUGUUUA